AUGGAUGUAAAAACAACCUUUCUAAAUGGUGGAUUAAGUGAGGAGAUUGUUAUGCAGCAACCAGAAGGAUUUGUAGAAGAAGAUAGUAAGCAGUUAGUGUGCAAACUGAAGAAAUCAAUCCAUGGUUUGAAACAGGCCUCAAGGCAGUGGUAUUUGAAGUUUCAUAAGAUAAUUACAUCAUUUGGCUUUGUUGAGAAUAGGUUGGAUGAGUGCAUAUACUUGAAGAACAGUGGGAGUAGAUUUAUCUUUCUUGUUCUCUAUGUAGAUGAUAUUCUCCUUGUUAGCAGUGAUGAGAGCCUCUUACAUGAAACCAAGAAUUUUCUAUCUAUGAAUUUCGAGAUGAAGGAUCUUGGAGAAGCUUCCUAUGUCCUAGGUAUUGAGAUUCAUAGAGAUAAAGCACGAGGGCUGUUAGGUUUAUCGCAGAAAGCUUACAUAGAAAAGGUGUUGAAAAGGUUCAAUAUGCAGCAAAGUAAUAGAGCAGAAGUGCCAAUUUCAAAGGAGAUAAGCUAA